UUUGGAGAAUCCAUUAUAAAAACGCGCGGUAUUUUUACCAUAUUUUUACAGUUUCUACUAAACCGGCUAAACAGCGGCUUAUCAGCCUGUAUGCGUGGUAUUAUUAGAACGUUUUUUGGAAUUCUCCCUAAAGUGCCGCAGGUGUCGGUCAUUUAGUAGUGCUUAUUUAUGCACCUGCUGUUUGGGAUCCUUUUUUCCGGAAAGAAAAAAUGGACAUGGAAACGCAUCCAGAUUUUGUUGAUGAACUUGACGCUUUAAUAAGCAGCACUGGGGGAUUCCGCGACAUCGUGCGCGAGCUGGGUGAUACUAGCGUAAUCUUAAAAAGUGACGCCAAGGAACUCGAUUACGUUCAUGCAAAUGACCUACUUGUCAUGCAAGCCGCUCUGCUCUCUUGUACAAAUCGACAUGAUGACGUGAGCCUUACAGAAGACAGCUUUUCUAACCUUGGUUAUGCACAAAUUGUCAUACAUUGUGCUGAAUCUGUAGAUGAAGAAUCUGGCCAGAAUUGCCUUCUCAGUAGCCAGGGAAGGAAGGCAGCACUGACUCUGGUUGCACACAUUAGUGCUGCAUAUGCAUCAAAAGGAAUUGCAAUCAACUUUGCCAAAGUUCUUGCAAGUUGCACUGUCGCCCCUUUGGAACUGCUGUGUCGUCUACAUGCUGGUGGUGUCAUGUGUAUCAAAGACUACAUUUCACUUAAUGUCCAGAAUCCUCAAGUAAUUGCUGAUUUGAGCAGAAGCCUGUUUGGCCUUUGUCAACUUCUUGAUCAGAGUGAACCAUCUGCAUUCACAUUCUCAGUCUUUAUGUGUGAACUAGUUUCCAGUGCUUAUUCAGCAUCAGACCACAAUGAUGCAAGUGCAUCUGUGAGAAAGGUUUGCCAGACCAUCUUGGGAACUCUCCUGCAGCGACUUCUCAAGGCUAAUGAAGAAGGGCAACCCAUAACCUGUGGGGAUCUCCUGGGACCUUUGUUGCAGAGUCCACUUGUACAACAGACUGCUGUCCUCUCUUAUGCCCAAGAGCUGUUGUCUUGUAUCUUGGCAUACAAUCCAGUAUACAAAGUUACUCAAGCGAUGUCAAGCCACCAUAACUGGACUUACAAGAAAUGUUCCCUGUGGCUUCUUGGAAUAUUCCAGAAGAGUAUGCAGGUCCUCAAUGUAGAACAGGUGACCACUCAGCUGUGCAAGGCUCUUAAUAGCAAAGAGGUGAACUGGUAUAUGUUGCUCACUGCCCUCUCCGUGUAUGUCACCACAUACCAAGAUUGCAAACUUCUUAUUGGUCUUAUUGAAACACUGCUGAAAGGCGCUUUUGAAUGCCUGGACGCUGAAAACUUAGUCAGCGCCUUUCUUUUGGCUAGACAUGCAUCCCAAGAAGCUCCUCAGAUUUUCCCUCCAUAUUCAUCCUGGUUUGAGAAAUACUUUGGGUUUUCUGAUACAACAUAUGCAAGCAGCUCAAGAACAUUUGCAUUCUUAGUGAAAUUUUUAAGUGAAAUGGUUCCAUUUGAACAACCUAAAUACUUAAAGGCACACCUCCAGAAGCCUGCUCAUGCAUCACCAAAGUGCCGUGUGAUUUAUCAUGACUAUGUGGCAUUGGCUAAGACGCGCCUGCAGGACUUUGAGAUAGCUGAUGAAAGAAAUGCCUUCUCUGAAGAUGCGGAGCAAUUGGCCCAGGCUCAUGGCUUUGUUCGGAAAUCUAUAGAAGAUUUUGCAGCAAAAGGAAAAAUACCAAGGGCUGUCAUAGAGGCCAGCAUCUUCAAGAAGCCAUAUUUUACAGGGCAGUUUCUUCCAGUCCUCCUGAAUCCUAAGAAUUUUCCAGAGCAUCGUGGAGUUGUAUGCAGCAUGGUCCAAGGACUGCUCCAGCAUGGAAAAAUUUCUCAAGAGCGAUAUGAUAGGUUUGUUGAUGACUGCAACAGGAAAGAAACUGAUGAUACAUGUGAUGCAGAAAUGAACAGGCCAGUUCCUUUGCCCGAGCAUUUGCUUGCUCAGCUCAGAUCUGGAUCACUGCCAAAUAAAGACUGUGAAGUCGUCGUCUUGAGAAUUAUUGAGGAAGUUAAAAAAAAUGAGCUAGAAGUUCUGGAAAAUGCCUUGAAUCUUGAACAAGAACUUCCUUACUCAAAGGAAAUGUUUGAGCUUCUUCACUUUGCUGAAGAAGCUUGUUGCCAUCAGCCUCCACACCCCUGGAUUAAGUGCCUCCUCCUGGCGCUGGGAAGUUCACUGAGCACAGUCCACCUGUUGGCUGCAUUUUUAUGGAGGCAGGUUACAACCAUCCAGGUCAAGGAUAGACAAGGAGCCGAAAUUUUGAGCCAGUUCCUACUCUCCGUACCAGUGAUGUGGGAAGACAAGCCUCUCAAAAUUUCUGUUUCUGGCGCAACAUACAUGUCUGUGCAGGAGGCUGUGUUCUUGUGGCUCCCACUUUCCACACUGCAAGAAAGGAGGCAGUUUCUACAGUUGUCGGCGAUGUAUCUUAUAGCAGCAGCUAGGCAAGCACCAUGUACUACAGUUCCACCAUAUGUGCCUGAGGUGUUGUUAAAGAAGUUUGAGUUCGUUAUGCAGAGGAAUGAGUGUACACUUGGUGAGAUUGACUCUGAUGCUUGGAAGCAAUGCUCUGAGUCACCUGUAAAGGACUGGCUUCAGCCUGGCAAGCUGUCUCUUCAGGAGUGGGUGAACUAUGAGUCUGAGAUAAGUGAUGGUGUCAAUGCUACUAUUACACCUGUUAUGAGACAAGAUUUACUUCGAUUUAUUGCUGAUGUUGACAGUGUAAGGUGUCUGUGCGCAACAUUACUGCGAGUUCUGGUUUGUCGUGGACCGAGACUGCCCAACCAUGCCCAGCUUCAUAUCCUAUUGCAGAGUCUUCUGUUGAAUUCAUCCAGCAGUUUCUCAGGCAAAGCUGUACCAUUUGCAACUGAAGCACUGACACAAAUAGAAACUGAAGUUGCUGGCUGUCCACUGGAUGUGGUAGAGAGGGCAAUAAAUUUUUUUAGGAUUUAUUGUCACCUCCCUCCGUACUGCCUACUGGUGAACAGAACAGAUGAUUGCCCAACAAGUGAAUCUGUUAAGCUUUUUAUAACAGUGAUAAACAAUAACCUGCUACAUAUUCUUUGCAGUCAGCAGGACAUGCCUAUGUUGACUCUGCACUUGUUCAAGGGUUUACUUCAAAGCAACUUGUCUAGAGCUGAUGCAUCUACCAUUUUGGAACAAUGCCCUGUACUUGUGCUCUGUCUUAUACGUCACUGGAAUACCAUAUGUCCGGUACUUGCCCUUGAGCCUGUGAAGUGUGAGGAACUUGGCAACCUACUGACUACUGUUGAGAAGCUGUUUGCUAUGGUUGCAGAGUUUCUAGCUGGUUCUGAAGAACCUGGAAAGAAGCUUUCAAAGAUUAGCAAGACCUGGCUCCCAGCAUUUGUGCUAGCCUGUUCCAUCAGCUCAGACCAAGUGAUGCCAUUGCAUUAUAAAUCUCUGAAGCCUAUGGUACAGACCAUGGUGUUACAGUUUCUUCUCAUGUUUUGUCAAAAGAACGACAGUAAGCCCAAAGAUGGCUUGAAAAUUCUUUUGUCAAGAUUCCUGCAAGAGAACCCAAGCCUAUGCACUUCCUUAGAGCCUGCUAGCUUUGACAGUGCCUUGAUGAACACACUGAUGUCUGCCCUGGACUUCUUUAUGCUCCUGGUUUACUGCUUCAAUUUUAUAGUUAACUGUGUGGAGCAGCAGAAAGUGAAAAAGAGCUGUUGCAUCAACACUGCUAUUUUGCUCAUGGUACAUAUUGAUGCAAUCGACGGGGACAUAUUGAGUGAUGACAGGGCUCCCGCAGAACUUCAGGCCGAAGGAGUGUGCACACCAAUUUCAACAUCUGCUAAAUUGUAUUCAUUGAUAAGAAAUGCACCACCAGCACUCCUCAAGUCAUUGCCAAAAGCCACCCUGGCCAUGUGCCCAACAGUAUUUCGUCAAUGCAUCGAGCAUCUGUAACCGUGCCAACACACCUCUGACUAUGUGGAUGAAAAGGGCAUUAGUUAAAGGUCAUCAAGGUCAAACGAUUGCACAACCUGCCAAGAAUGACAUUCUAGAGUGAGCAGAAUGGACGUCUUCCCACCUUUAGACUUAUGGACAAUAAUAUAUUGCUGAUACUAAUAAUGUUUUUAUGCAGCGAAUAAGACUUUGUUUUUCACAGUUUGUAAAUAGUGGCGAUACAUACUCCAUGGUAUUUUCAAAUGAUUUGGAAUAAAUACAUGCUACACUAAGGGAAUUCAGCUAGUCUUUAAUGUACUCAAUAAUCGUUCAUCACAUGUUUAAUCUGCGCUGUAUUCUUUACACAUUUUAAUAAAUGUAUGCGCCCUCUCA